AGUCUCGUCUUCCUUUUGCCUCGACGCAGGAUUGAAACAGGUUCAGAGAGGCCCAUAUCGCUGAGACUGCAACUGCCAAUACUCUUUGGUAACUUGCAACAGCGUAGAUUUGUCAACUGCGAUUUGCCUGCCAUGUGCCUCAUGUUCAUCGAUUGCAUUAAUAGCUCUACUAGGAGCUGCUUGUCUUGGUUCAGAAAAAAAAAAAAUCAAAACCCAGCGAAUAGAACGCAGAGCACAGACAAUCAGCAACAGAAGAACUUGUACAGUAGAGACUUCCCCAUGCUUCUCCAAUUGGUGUUUUCCACUCACAUCCCAGCGAAGAGCAAUCACUUGUGCUUCUCCUGA